UAAUUUGUAUUAUUAUAUUUUUUAUUAUAAUUCUAUAAAAAUUUAAAAAUAAUAACAAAAAUUAUUUUGUAUAAAUACUUACAAUAUUCAAGAUAUAAUUGAUUUCAUUACAAUUUAAGUUCAGUUUUUCUAUAGUUUAUUUAUAAAACAACUAAUUUCUGUACUGCAAUAAAACCAAUUUUCUUAAAAAUUUAAAGUAAUUACAUAAAAAAUUAAUAUUUCUUAAUACAUUUUCAUUCAGAGCAUAUUUCUACUUUUAAUUAAAAUAAUUUUUGAUUCACGAAAGUAAAAAAUCGCCGUCAAACGGCUUGUAUUAAUUUCAAAUGCAAUACAGCCAUAAUUUAUAGUUCUUUUCAUUAUCUUUCAUUACUCUGUAAAUAGAUGUAAUAUAUCUAUUUACUUAAGUUUUUAAACUAUUAUCAAUCUGUAUAAUAGUUUAAUAAUAAAUUAUGCGAGUGAAAUCCACAGUUGCAUGCACACAGAUCUAUGACAGUCGAUCUCCCGCACAGUUUUGCGAAUUCGCCAAGCUGAUAAGACUGUAUUUUACACAAACAGAAUAAAUAUAACCAGGAGGUGCGAUACGCGUUGCAUGUGACGCUGUCAGCAGGGUCAGGGUUGGCAAAGUUGAUUUUACAUGAGUGAUGCCGGUUAAUGAUUAUGUCGGUAUCAUUAUCAGUCGCACAUACUUGGAAGUGUCGAGAAAUUCGAGAGGAAAGAGAAACUAACGGAACAUUGUCGAAAAUGACGAACGUCGGAGAACGUCGCUUACGUCCGUCGACAGAUUUUCCUUUUCCACACAAUUGCGAAACGCGAAUACGGGAUUCUCAUUACUCGCUUUUAAACCAUAGAAUUUUAACUGCGACAAUCUAUGAAAUGCGAGACAAUUUGACACUUUCUAAGCAACGUAGAAGCAACGUUCGAUUUGCUGUCGUACGACAAAUUUUUCAAGAUAGAAAAACAAUUAAGUCUUCUAUUGAAAUCUUCUAUUAAAUCUGCAGUCAGUCAUGACCAUGCAAAACUAUCCUAUCAAACUACGGAUUGGAAUUGAGAUUGGUUUGAAAUCUAACCAAUCAGAGCAAGUAAAUUAAUAUAAAAUUUUGAAAACUUUGUUCAAUCGAUUGAUCAAAUUUCAAUCCAAUUUCAAUCCCAAUUUGUAGUUCCUGAUGCAAGUCUAAAACCCGUAUCAGACUACGGAUUGGAAUUCAGAUUAAAUUGAAAUCUGAUCAAUCAGAGCAAGUAAAUUAAUCUAAAAUUUAAAAAACUUUGUUCUGAUUGGUCCAAUUUCAAUCCAAUCUCAAUCCAAAUUCGUAGUUCGUGAUACAAAUCUAAAACCUGUAUCAGACCACGGAUUGGAAUCGAGAUUGAAUUGAAACCUAAUCAAUCAGAGCAAGCAAGUUUUGAAAAUUUUGUUCCAAUUCGUUAAAUUUCAAUCCAAUUUGUAAUUUGUGACACAGGUGCCGUAAUUCGUCUCGAUUACGAGACGACGCGUGAUUCUUUUUUUCCUCAGAGGUCUUUUCGGAGGCGUGAUCAUUUUCAGGCACUUGUACCUACAAUGCACACAUCCGAUCUCGGCGUUGCGUAAUGUCGCCGAGGAGAAGAGGCCAGCCCCGGCCCGGCCCGCCCGAUUAUCCGCUCUUCUCGAAACAACACGGCGGGCGACACGACGGGCGGGCGGAUAUACGAUACCGACGUUUGUAUCUAAUCUCCGCGGCUGCAACGCGUGACGAGCAAAUAUUCUGUAUUCCAGAAGGGGUACACUUUCGGUAUGCGUAUCGACGUAUCGGCUAUUAAUAUAUCGUUCGUUCGGUUAGUGCUAUCCGGAGUCUCCGAUCGCUCUCGACAAUAAGUCGUCACCGUCGGCCUCCCACCAAAAAAAAAAAAAAAAACAUCCCGGAAGGAUAUUGUGCGAAGAGUGAAGAUCAUCUCGCUGACCGUACGUUGAAAUUUUUCCCUUUUUUCUCUUUGUUUAUAAUUUUUUUCUCCCCACCCUCGACAGUCGGUUGGUACUCUCUUCCCACGGCGCAUUAUCUCUCGAAAGCGAAGAGACUCGAAAUCUGAGAGAGAGAGAGAGAGAGAGAGAGAGAGAGAGGAGAUAUGCGGGUACCUGCGUUUAUCCUCCUCGUCUUCUGCGCCGUUUUUUCUUCGUACGCGACGCAGGAGAUCGGCGAGUGUCGAGAGGGUGCCGACGACGAGCUGCUCUGGGAAUAUGGCGUCAGGAGGCCGCACCGACUCGGUGGUUACCAAGAGGUCGAGGCGGAUUACGGGCCGACGGACGCGCGGAUCACGUGCAUACGCUUCAACUCGCUGUCCGACGAGGACAACGACGCGGCAUGGGUCACCGCCGGCGGGAUCGGCCACAACUACGUAAAGGUCAAGUUCAGGUCGAAGUAUUCGCGGGGACUGCUCUACAGCGUCUUCGUUUACGGACGGCCCACCCUGAGAAGAGGCUCACCACCUUUCUGACGGCUACCUUGAAAGAAACUCUCAUAAAAAUGUAAUACUGCUCUCUAAAUUUCCUAGAGUGAAACAUUAUUCUAAAAGAGUGAAAAUCUAACAUAUCUAAGAGUGAAUUUUUACUCUAAUUAGAGUGACAAAUCACUCGAACUUAGAUAUGUUAGAUUUUCACUCUUUUAGAGUAAUGUUUCACUCUAGGGAAUUUAGAGAGUGGGCAGUAUUAAAUUGACCCGUAAUUAUGACUUAUUUUGAGCAUUAAAACCAACAACAUGCUUUUAAUAAGUGUUAGUCACUUACUAAUUUAAUAUUGCUCAGUAUUAGGAUAUUUUUAUAAGGAAAAUCCUUUGUGUCUCGCAUUAGUACUUAAUUCGCUGUGUAAUCGUUUCACUCUUUUCUAAACUCUUAACUUUUCUCCCUAACCACGACAAAAUAUGAAGAAGGGUGCUCUAUUUGGCCCAAUCAUGAGUGGUCUCGUUUUCGACUACUUCUUUAUUCAUAUAAGGUGGUUAAAAAAAAUAAAAAUUUAUGAAUGUGUAUUUUAAGUUUCUAAAACAAAUAUCUGUAGAGGAAGGUCGUCCAAUACUGGCAUACCACUUUACUUUUUGGAGAAUAUUUUUUCAAAACAAUAACUAAAAGUAAAAAACUUUGAAAAACAUAAAUGUAAACUAGAAAGUGUCUUCCAUUGUUUAAAUUAUAUAACUUGCAAAAGUAUAUCAUACAGUUUAUAUUCUCGCUUUUAAAGAAUUUGUUUUCAUUAGAUUUUAUAUAGAAAAAAGCCAUAAUGUAACUACAGAUUUUUAUUUUUUUA